AUGCCCAAGAACAUCGUCAUCAUCGACGACGACAAGGCCGACGCCCCCCCCGUCGCCCCGGGCGACCUGAUUGGCUCGGAGGCGGCGCUCUCCUUCGAGCGCGUGCCGCCGCCGCCGGACCUGCUGCUGCACGCCGCCGAGCUGCCGUCCCCCAAGAAGCCCAACAUCCUGCGGGGGGCGGGCCGGGCCAGCGUGGUGCAGACGCCCCCCCGGGGGGGCGGAGCCACGCCCGCGCCCGGCGCCGCGCCCCGGAUAGUGGCCGUCUCCACGGCGCCCGACGGCAACCAGAGCCAGCAGCAACACGUGAUGUCACCCGGACCCAGGUCAGCACCCGCCCACCUCAGAGUCCAGUUAAGACCAGUUAGGACGCUGCGGGUGGCCAUGCAGGUGCCCGUCGUCAUGACGUCGCUGGGUCAGAAGAUCUCCACGGUCGCCGUGCAGCAGCCGCCGGGCGCCGGGGGCGUCGCCGGCCACGCCGCCAUCUUGUCCGGCCCGGCGGCGGCGGGCGGCGGCCAGCAGCAGAAGGUGGUGAUCCAGACCAUCCCCGCCAUGGUGCCCGCCACCGCCGAGAACGGCGAGAAGAUCACGGUGCAGCUCGCCAAGAUCAUCACCAUCCCGGCGCACCAGCUGGCGCAGUGCCAGCUGACCGGCUCUCCGGGCGCCGCCAAGCCGGGCGCCACGGCAACGGCGCCGCCGGGCCUCAGCCUGCUGGGGGCGCCGCUCACGGUGCGCGCCCUGGCGCCCGUGGGCGUGGCCCCGGGCACGCAGGUGAUGCGUCUCAGCGUUCCCACGGCGACGCAGCCGCAGACCGUGGUGGUGUCGCAGCCGGGCGGCGGCGGCGGCGUAGUCACGGUGACGGCGGGCGGCCGCACGCUGCUGACCACGCCGCGCAUCAUCAGCGGCGUCCUCAGCGGCUCGGAGCUGCUGAUUGGAGGAGGAGGAGCCGCCGCCGCCCAGCAGCAGCUCGGCCAAUCGGACGGCGAGGGAAAGCCGGAGUCGGACGGCGUGAAAACGGAGGAGCCGGAGUGCUGA